GGGAGCUAAUCACGAUCAGCUACAUCAUGAAAGAAGGAAAGAAAACAACGAAUAAUAUUUCACCCUUCACCAGUUUACCACGUCGAGAGCUCCAAGAGUUAGACCGGGAAGAUUCACGUACAACACAGUUUACCCAAAUUUUAACCCCCACCCCCAGCUAGGGUUUUCAGCACAGUGCAAUUCUUUUUUUGUGGGCACUUUUCAAGCUUCUUCCCACUAGCAGAGCUCAAGGCUGUCAUUUUCUUGAUUCAUUGCCUGUUUUCAAACUUCUUCGCACUAGCAGAGCUCAAAGUUGUCAUUUUUCUUGAUUCAUUGCCUGCAAAUUUUUUUUCGCUCUCUUCAUGUGUCAAUUGAGGGGUUGCUGUCAACUACGCUUGUUGCUUCAUUUUUUUCACUCCUCAUUUCUGCUCGAUUAAGCCGGGGGUUAGUCCGGCCUCUACCACCAAGAGGUCAUCUUAUGGUUUAUAGAACAGUGCUAUUUUAUAACUGGGUCAGGGUCACUCGACAGAUAUAAUUCAGAACGGAGAAGCUUGCCUAAUCCAAAACCGAAUGCCAUGGCAAACAAAGCAACUCCGGGUGAGAGCAGAACAAGGACCUCCGUGUCAAUUUUGAUAGUAUCCGGUCUCUGUUGUUUCUUCUAUCUAUUGGGAGUCUGGCAAAGAAGCGGGGUUGGAAAGGGAGACAGUAUAGCAUUGGAGGUGACUAAAACCAGUCAAGAUUGUAACAUCUUGCCUAGUCUCAAUUUUGAGACCCACCAUGGCAGUCUACCUGGCAAUAUCCAUGUCUCCGAAUCAAAUGUGAAAGAAUUCAAGCCAUGUCAUCCUCACUACACUGAUUACACACCCUGCCAAGAUCAAAAGCGGGCCAUGACUUACCCUAGGGACAACAUGGUCUACCGAGAAAGACACUGCCCUCCUCAAGAAAAGAAGCUGCAUUGUCUUGUUCCUGCACCUAAAGGGUAUGUAACUCCAUUCCCAUGGCCCAAGAGUAGGGAUUAUGUUCCUUAUGCAAAUGCACCUUACAAGAGCUUGACAGUGGAGAAGGCCAUUCAGAACUGGAUUCAGUACGAAGGGGACGUUUUCAGGUUUCCAGGAGGUGGGACCCAGUUUCCUCAAGGAGCAGAUAAGUACAUUGAUCAGAUUGCUUCGGUUAUCCCAAUUAAAGAUGGCACUGUUCGUACUGCAUUGGAUACUGGUUGCGGGGUUGCGAGUUGGGGUGCUUAUCUUUGGAAGAGAAAUGUUAUAACUAUGUCCUUUGCUCCAAGAGACUCACAUGAAGCUCAGGUUCAGUUUGCCCUUGAAAGGGGUGUGCCUGCUGUUAUAGGGGUACUUGGAACAAUCAAAAUGCCAUAUCCAUCCCGUGCAUUCGACAUGGCUCACUGUUCCCGCUGUUUAAUUCCAUGGGGCGCUGGAGGUGGGAUCCUAAUGAUGGAAGUGGAUAGAGUUCUUAGGCCCGGGGGCUAUUGGGUGCUUUCUGGCCCACCUAUCCAUUGGAAGACUAACUACAAAGCCUGGCAACGUCCAAAGAAAGAACUCCAAGAGGAGCAAAGAAAAAUUGAAGAAAUUGCUAAGCAUCUCUGUUGGGAGAAGAAAUCUGAGAAGGGUGAAAUUGCAAUCUGGCAGAAGAAAACGGAUGUUGACUCAUGUCAAGCUGCUCAAAAGAAGGCUGGAGUUGCAUUUUGUCAAUCUACAGAUCCAGAUGAUGUCUGGUAUAAGAAAAUGGAGGCUUGCAUAACUCCAUCUCCCAAGACUAAGAUUGAUGAGAGUCUCAAACGAUUCCCAGAGAGGCUUAACAGUGUCCCCCCUAGAAUUGCUAGUGGGUUGGUCAUGGGAGUGUCAGUUCAGGCAUAUCUGGAAGACAACAAGAAGUGGAAGAAGCAUGUUAACGCAUACAAAAGAGUGAACAAAAUGAUCGACUCUGGAAGGUAUCGCAACAUUAUGGAUAUGAAUGCAGAAUUAGGAGGUUUUGCUGCCCAACUCACAUCUCCCAGGCAAUGGGUUAUGAAUGUCAUUCCAAAAAUUGCUGAGAGAAAUACUUUGGGUGUUAUAUAUGAACGAGGGAUGAUUGGCAUAUACCAUGACUGGUGUGAAGCCUUCUCUACAUACCCGAGGACUUAUGAUCUCCUUCAUGCUAAUGACGUUUUUAGCUUGUACAAGGAAAAGUGUGAUUUUGAAGACAUUCUGUUGGAAAUGGACAGAAUUUUAAGGCCAGAGGGCGCAGUCAUUUUCAGGGACCAAGUGGACAUGCUGAACAAGGUGAAGAAGAUCAUACUAGGGAUGAGAUGGGAAUACAGACUAAUCGACCAUGAAGAUGGGCCCCUUGUUCCUGAGAAAAUACUUGUUGCAGUCAAACGGUACUGGACUUUGAAUGACAAUAAUUCCACAUCAGCACAAUGAAAUAUUAGGACGACCGCCUGAUGCAAUCAAUGGGGCUUAUUGCGUGCCUGGAACCUUGCCAAUGCUAUUUUACUAGAAGAAUUCUUGAUCCAUUAUAGCGGUUGAAUUGCUUUGGGAGGUCUGUAUCCUUAACAUAUUGUUUAUUGUUGCAGAAACUAUAGAUAAUAAAUGUAGCUAUGUAACAUCUUCAUGCUUCAAGAGGACGCUUGGUACAUUCUUUUAGAUUUGAAUAGAUUCCUGUUAAAGUAAUUCCUCAAGGGUCAGCUUGGAAAGGAGAAAAAUGAUAGGGAGGAAAAUAAUGGAAAUAUUUGGAAAGAGAAAAUGUUGAGGAAAAUAAAAUAUCA